GAACCAACUAGGUAAUAAGGUAGCCACCUCUAUAGACUAACUAAUCACCUAAGUCAACACAUCACUACAAAAUAUUGCAUCAAGUACUCUAUAUGUCUAUAUAUAUAUAGAGUAGUAUAUAUAUAUGAACUAGUAAUAUGCAUACAAUAAGCAGCAAAAAGAGUUAGCUAGGAGCUGAGAUUUUAUCAUCUUAAGUCAUGAUUCUCAUCUUCUUUACUUGCUUCUUCUGUCUCCAUAACCUUUUCCACACCUCAAACCUUAUUUUAGCCACUUCUAACAUACAUGAAACCAAUCAUCAAGGCUCUGAAUCUAAUGAUAAUAAUACAUCAGACAUGGUUGCCCUCUUAGCUAUCAAGUCUGAGAUCAUUAAUGAUCCUCAAGGUGUUCUUAACUCUUGGAAUGAUUCCCUUUCUAUAUGUGAAUGGCAAGGUGUCACCUGUGGCGCGACACGAAAACGAGUAGUUAGCUUACAUCUUGUCUCCUAUAGUUUACAAGGAACUUUAUCACCUUCUGUAGGAAACUUGAGUUUUCUACACCAUCUUAGAUUGUCUGACAAUGAUCUCAGUAAUCACAUUCCACCUCAAAUUGGUAGACUUCUUAGAUUAAGAACAUUAGUAUUAGAAAGAAACUCUUUUGAAGGCCAAAUCCCAGCUAACAUAUCACAGUGUUCAAAAUUAGAAAUACUUAGUUUAGCAGGAAAUCAUUUAAGUGGAAACAUUCCUCCUCAACUUAGUAAGCUGUCUAACUUAAGACUCUUAUUACUGCAGAGGAAUCAAUUCACUGGUGAUCUCCUUAACACAGUUAUGAAUAUGACUUCCUUGCAGAAGUUAUCUGCAGCUUCAAAUUUUUUUCAAGGAACAAUUUCAAAAAAUAUUGGAAGUGUUUUAAGAAAUUUAACUUACAUUGGUCUUGCACAAAAUCAGAUAUCAGGUACUAUACCUUCUUCUUUUUACAAUCUUUCUUCUCUCAAUGUUGUUGAUUUAGACCUUAAUAGAUUAGAAGGAACUCUUCCAUUCGAUAUUGGGUUUCGUCUUCCUCAACUUACUUACUUCAAAAUUAGUGGUAACUCCUUCCAUGGAAGUCUUCCUGUAUCUCUUUCUAACCUCACCCAGCUCCAGGGACUAGCUGUUUACUCUAAUAAUUUCGCGGGUAAAUUUAAGUUUAGUGGUACAAACAUGCCGAAUUUAGAACGUUUGGAUAUCUCCCUUAAUUAUCUAGGAAUGGGAGAAUCUGAUGACUUGAGUUUUAUACAAACUCUUGAUAAUUGUACCAUGUUAAGGUGGUUAGAAUGUGGUUCUAACAGAUUUGGUGGGAAUUUGCCUCAUUCUUUUGGUAACUUGUCAACUGAAUUAACUGUCAUAGACUUUCAGCAAAACUUAAUAACAGGAAGCAUUCCACCUGAGUUAUUUAACCUCAUUAACUUAGAGCGAUUAGGAUUGUCAGAUAAUCAACUCACUGGACAUCUUCCACAUCAAAUCAAGAAUCUAAGAAAAAUAGAGCACUUUUCUUGUAGUAACAAUCAUCUCAUUGGAGAUAUUCCUAAUUCAUUAGGAAAUUUAUCGCGGUUGAGUGAGCUAUAUAUGGAUAAUAAUAGUUUUGAAGGAACAAUUCCCUCAAGUCUAGGAGAGUGUACAAAUUUAUUGUACCUAAUUCUUUCCAAAAACAACCUCACCGGACCUGUACCUUCUCGCCUAUUACAUGCUUCGAUGUUGCUUGAGCUUCGAUUGGAUCAUAAUCAUCUAAAUGGAGCCAUCCCUGUUGAAGUUGAUCAACUUAGGAAUAUGGUGGUGUUGGAUGUGUCUGGAAAUUCCUUCUCUGGGGAUGUGCCUUCUAGCCUCGGUAGUUGCAUUGGCCUUCUUGAGCUACAUAUGGGUGGAAACUUGAUUAAUGGAUCUAUUCCUCAAUCUUUCAAGUCAUUAACUAGUCUAGUGCAAUUGAAUCUAUCACAUAACAGGUUUUCAGGCCAAAUUCCAAGCUUUUUGUCUAAUUUUUCGUUGCUCAGACUCGAUUUAUCUUAUAAUGACUUGGAAGGUGAGGUACCAAGAAAAGGGGUUUUUGCAAAUUUGAGUGCUGUGACAAUUUUGGGGAAUAGCAAGAUUUGUGGUGGGAUAUCCGAACUUCAUUUGCCAACAUGCUUAAUCACAACUACGACCAUAAAACGAUCUAAAAAGAAGGGUGGAUUAUCAGUUGUUGUGACUUUGAUAAUUGCAAUAGCUUCUUUGGUUGUUAGUGUGUCCAUGGUGUCUGUUUUAUACUUCCUACUUUGUUCUAGGAAGAAACUGUCUAAGGUAUCAUCAUUGAAUCUGAAAGAGCUGUUUCCCAAAGUAUCCUACGGUAUGAUUUUGAAAGCAACUGACAGAUUUUCAGAAGAAAAUUUAGUAGGUGCAGGGGGUUUUGGUUCUGUUUAUAAAGGAGUUUUUGAUCUAGAAAGCAGCAUAGUUGUGGCAGUAAAGGUUAUCAGGCUUGAAAUGAAAGGUGCUAGAAAGAGUUUCAUGGCGGAGUGUGAAGCAUUGAGAAAUAUCCGUCACAGAAACCUUGUAAAGAUCGUUACUGCUUGCUCGAGUACUGAUUUUCAAGGCAAUGAUUUCAAGGCUUUAGUUUACGAGUACAUGCCAAAUGGAAAUCUUCAACAAUGGAUUCAUGUUGAUCAACUCGAGAAAGCCUUGAGCUUGCUCCAAAGAGUAAACAUUGCUAUUGAUGUCGCUUGUGCACUGGAUUAUUUGCACAACAAUGGUGAUGUUCCGAUAAUCCAUUGUGACUUAAAACCAAGCAAUGUUCUGCUUGACAGUGACAUGGUUGCCCAUGUUGGGGACUUUGGUUUAGCUACAUUCUCUAUACAUGCAAGCACAUAUAAUAGCAGUUCAGUUGCAGUUAAAGGGACAGUUGGAUAUGCUGCUCCAGAAUAUGGCUUGGGAAGCAUGGUAUCUAAAGAAGGUGACAUGUAUAGUUAUGGUAUUGUAUUGAUAGAGAUGAUGACAGGAAAAAGUCCCACAGAUAGGAUGUUUGAAGAAGGUUUAGACCUCCAUAAGUACGCGAAAUCAGCAUUUUCUGAACAAUCAACAAGUAUCAUUGAUCCCACGCUUCUGUAUGAUAGUGCAGUUGCAAGAAAUGGAACCCAAGCUGAAAUUUUGGCAGAAAUUGACAGUAACAUAAAUUGCAUAAGAUCUGUCAUUGAAAUUGGAGUGAAAUGUUCGAUGGAGUCACCACAAGAUCGAAUGAGAAUCGAGGAUGCCAUCUUAGAGCUACACAUAACAAGGGAUGUCUUCCUUAAAGAGCUAAGAAACAUUGGGGAAAUAAUGCAGUUUUAGACCUGUGUGAUUCCUGUUUAAGAAGCAUUUUUUCAUAGACAUUGCUUGUUUUAGCUCUUACAGUUAUUCUUUUUCAUACCAGUCUCUUCUCAUCAACUUGCAGCAGAUUGCUUCUAGUUAGUACUUGGUAGAUCUUUGUAUUAAGCCCAUCAAAUGGAUGAAAAAUCUCGUUCUUGAUGUUUUAGAUUAUCUUUUAUGUAAGGGUUUUUAUUGUUGUAGAUAUUGUA